UGAGUUUAAAGGCGAGCGAUGGCGCUGAGGCUGCUCAUUGAGUGACUGAGGGGAAAGGAAAACUAAUUGAGCUUAAAGUGAGAUUGAGCGGAGAGACAUGGGUGUUAUAGGUGUUCAGCUGGUUGUCAGUCUGCUGAUGGCGACCCUCAUGCAGAGAUUGGCACCUCAUUAUUCCAUAGGUCGCUGGCUACUCUGUAAUGGCAGCCUUUUCCGGUACAGACACCCAUCAGAUGAAGAACUCCGAGCCUUGGCUGGAAAACAGAAACCCAAAGUGAAGAGAGACAGGAGACAAAAUGGUGUCACAGACAUCAAACCAGAGACGGUGCCCAAGGAUAUCAACCUGUACUUGCAAGCAAAGCCGAUCACCCCUCUUGACGCUCUGGUCCUGCGCUACUUCUUGGACUACCAGUGGCUGGUGGACUUUGUCCUGUAUGCGACUCUGGUUUACAUGUUCACAGAGGUUUACUACAACCUGCUCAGCAUACGUGGGGAAGUGAACGUCGGCAUGCUGUGGUGCCUGCUCACAUUAGCCUUUGGGAUUAAAAUUCUCUUCUCUCUGAUGACUCAUUACUUCAAGGCAGAGGAAGGAGGUGAGCGCUCUGUCUGCCUGACCUUCGCAUUCCUCUUUGUCCUCAUUGCUAUGUUAGUCCUGGUUGUGCGAGAGGAUUAUCUGGAGUUUGGCCUUGAACCGGGUUUUGCCAACUUGUAUGAAAAUGUGGGGGUCUUUCUAAAGCAACAAGGGGUGGACAUCUGGCCCUACUCAAUCGCCAGACUAAUCUUUAAACUCUCAUUGGUUGGACUUUCCGCAUUUAUUGGUGCAUGUUUAACAUUCCCGGGCCUCCGAUUGGCACAGACUCAUUUAGAUGCUCUCAUGAUGACUGCAGACAAACCUCUGAUACAGAUCCUAUUGCACACCAGCUUUCUGUCGCCUAUCAUCGUAUUAUUGCUGUGGGUGAAACCAAUUACCAGAGACUUUGUGAUGAACGCUCCACUUGGAAAAGAAAAGGUGGAGUUGAUGUCUGACACGACGUACAACACAGUGCGCCUAUGGAUAAUCAUCACCCUCUGCAUGCUCCGUCUGGCCAUGACCCGCUACCACCUGCAGGCGUACCUGAACCUGGCGGAAAAGUGGGUGGAACAAAUGAAGAAGGAGGCUGGAAGCAUCCCUAUUAUUGAAAUUCAGCGGAAGGUUUCUCGAGUGUUUUGCUAUCUGUGUGUGGUCACUGUGCAGUACCUGGGCCCCAUAAUCCUUAUCCUGCACUCCACUCUGCUGCUGAAAGUUUUGGGUGACUACUCCUGGUGCUUUUACCCAGAGCCUCCUCCAGUUUCGCCAGCUCUGGAUGUUGGUAUGGAUUCCUCCCACUCAGCUGCCAGUGAAGAGGAUGAUUAUCGAGCAGCCGUCUCUCAGAUCACAGCAGCCCUGAGCACCCUCCGCCAGGUUUUCACACCCCUCUUUUACCGAGGUCUCUUCUCCUUCCUGACCUGGUGGCUGGCUGCCUGUCAAGUGGUGACGAACCUGUUUGGCCUUUACUUCCAUCAGUAUUUAAUGGCCUCAUAGAAAAGGGGACUUGAGCAUGAGAACGAAGCAAGCUGGGAAGUGCCUUCUCGUCUGCCAUGUUGGAGAACGAGCAAGUAAUUAUGAGUCAGAAGGAAUUUCUUAUAUUAUAAAUUUUUUUAUCCACUCCUUUUCCCCCACCACCUGCCCCCACGCCCCAAAAUUUCUCCAGCACUUUUUGCUUUAAGGUGCUGACUCCCACAGGGUACGAGCUCCAUGGCUGCUGGCUGGCUCUUCUACAUCUCAAACCAAAUUGGCUGCUCUUUUGUUGACAUAACAGCCAGGCUUUGCUGCUCCUGAUCCCUAUCCAGUGAUACACUGUAAGGACAGGAUCAAGCUGGAGUGUGAUGCCACCACUGUUGGAACAGCCUGCCAAAUGCUUGCUGUCUUGGCACUUGGGGCGAGGUACCAGAAGGCACAUUGUAAAACUGUACACAGGGAAAGCUGGAAGAGGUAGAUUGUUGGCGUCCUUUGUUAUUGAAUCAUUGUGGCUUUGUUGUCCUGUAUCUGAAUGGCAGUCGCGUUUUUAAUUUAACAUUAGUUAAUGACAUUCACUUUAAGACACCCCUUUCCAUCCCCCAACCCUUGCCCCUUCAUCCUCAGAGCCCGGUGCCCAAAUUUCUUGCAAGCAGUGUUAUCACAGAGUAAAGGGUCAAAGGUGAUAUUUAAACAUCCAUCUAUCUUAACAAAAAAUGGAACCAACACAGGGACUGAAAUCCCUGGGAAAGGGGAAGGAUGCAGCUCCAAGUAGGAUCAAAAACUUCCAGAUUUCCAAACCAUCUAAGAUAUGUCUAUGAUCUAAAUUGAGGGAGAGCCGUAGGUAUUUAAACCAUUCCAACCCUCCUCAACCCACACCUUUGGAGGGGUACCUUUUGAAGUGAACCCAAGGAAUUCCACUCACUCCCCCAUCUUGAAAAUCAACAGCUUAUCUAUCACUUUGUCCAUCAAUGACUGGCCUUUUUUAAAUCUUCAGUUAUGAUCCUGAGAAAUACACUCUCCUGGACUAUGCUCCCAUGUCCGGUUCUAUCUUGGAGCCUUGCCAGGAGCCAGCUGUCCAGAUCCCUGAUCAUUAAAAUAAUGCUGGGAUUUGGGAUGGUUGAAAUUCCACCAUGUGACUCUUAGUAACAACCACCCAAAGAGAUUGCAAGAAAAUUAUUCCGUUGUUUUGGAUAUUUGGGAAAACACGGGAGUCACCAAUAGCGGACUGGAUGGGAAGUGGGGGAGACAGGAAGGGAGAGAUUCCGGCCUUUUUGCUCAAAUAAAACUAAACCUGUGGAAGCUGCCUGUGUCCCAAACAGAUGAAAAUGGAGCUGACGUGUGAGCAGAGAUUGGAGUAUCUGCUCCAGUUUAAAAAAUAACUUUUAAAGCACUUUUCACAACCUCAGAGUAUCCCAAAGUGCUUUAUAAUCAAUGAAGUACUUUUGACAUGUUGUAAUGUAGGAAAUGCUGCAGCCAGUUUGCACAAAGCAAGAUCCCACAAACAAUGUGACAGUGACCAGAAAACCUGUUCUAUUGAAGUUGGUUGAGGGAUAAAUAUUGUCCAGGACAUUGGGAGAACUCCCCUGCUCUUCUAUAACUGAUGCCAUACGAUCUUUUACGUCCACCUGAUAGAAUAUUGGAGCCUCAUUUUUAGUAUCUCAACCAAAAGAUGGUACCUUCAACAGUGCAGCACUCCUUCUGUACUGAACCAGGAAUGUGAGGCUAGAUUUUGUGCCCAAUUUCAUGGAGUGGGACUUGAACACACCACCUUUUGACUCAGAAGGUUCCUAAUAGAGUAUUACAAAGACUGAUGACUGAGAUAGCGAACAGCUCCCACUACAUGUGGUACUGGAGCAGGCGAGUGGGUAAGGAAGAGGGUUGUUACCUCCUGUGUAACCGAGGAUCAACUCCAGAAGCUGCCAUCUUCCUGUUGGCAUCAGUAAGCGCAAAUAAUAGCCAUCUCAAAGCAGACCAGUGCAAGAUAUUGAUCAUGUGACCGAUUUUUAAAAAUGUUUUAAAAACAGGCCCAUGUGUAUGUGAACCUGUGUGUAUAUAGUUUGAAUAUUAGGGAGAAAUGUCUUACAAUACAAGACAACUUCAUUUUA